UUGAGCUGGCCUUGUCCGGGCCGGGUAGCGAACGGGCCCAACCCGUCCCGUCAUAGCUCCAGGCUUCUGGUUUAGCCUGUGGCCGGCCGACCCGAAUAGCGCCGCCCGCCGUCGUCUCUCCACUCUCCGCGUGCCCCUCCUGUCUGUUGGAGUCGAGCUCGCUGUUAGGGUUCCCCAUCUCACCAGAUCCCGUUCCAUGUCGGACGAACCCAACCGAGCGGCUUUCGUAGAGCUGCAGAGCCGGAUGAUCGAGACCACCGGGAAGAUCAAACAGCUACAAACUCAGAUGCGUUCUAAAGAGAGUGAAAAGAAGCGUGCGUAUCUUACACUGGAGGAACUUAGCCAAUUACCUGAUGAUACGAACACUUACAAGGCCAUUGGUAAAGUGUUUAUUUUGGAGCCGAGAUCACUUAUGGUAAAUGAGCAAGAGAAAAAGCUAAAUGAUAGUGAGACUGCAAUAUCGUCGAUGCAGACUUCCAAGGAAUAUCUUGAGAAACAGUUGGGAGAAGUGGAGAACAACAUUAGAGAGCUACUUCAGCAGGACCCUGGGCUUGCACGCCAGAUUCUCUCAAUGACUGUUCAGUGAGAGGUUGUUUCUGAAUGUAUUUCUAGAUGGGAAGUGUCAACAAGAUUUGUGUUUUGCCCUGAGGAAGGAGAAGCCCCUUCUGUUAUGAGCUUAACUGGAACUGGAUUAUCAUGAGCUUACCUUCCAUCAUCAUAUUGUGAAAAAUAUGACGUGAACAAUCCAUGCCUGAAUGUUGUAUGAUGUUGAUUUAUCAUUUAUCUAUAUUGCGUGCGCUUUCCAUGACAA